CAGUUGCCAUUGCCAAUGCCAUUCCAAAUGCCAUUCCAGUUGCCAUUGCCGUUGCCAUUCCAAAUGCCAUUCCAGUUGCCAUUGCCGUUGCCGUUCCAUUGGCCAUUCCAGUUGCCAUUGCCGUUCCAAUUGCCAUUGCUAUUGCAGUAUGUCAGCUCUACAACUCUCAGGACAUCGAGGGUAAUGCAUGAUCCCAGAUUCACCUGGGGACCUUGGAAAGCUGGAAAAGAAAAGACAAGACCCCAUGAGCUGAUGCCUAAGGCCUUGGUUGAUGUUCUGCAGGAGGGCUUCCUUAUUUUCAGCUGGAAGAGCAGCAUCUGUGCCUGAGUCACACCCCAAGGGAAGUCAAGGCCAGGCUGCAGUCCUCAUUUGCCUGGGAGUCUUUUGGGCUCACAUUUCUGCAUUGAACACCUUUGUGCUGCGAGAUCCCAUCAACAACUAUGUCACUGGGACCAUGACCAUCCACAGCGAGGAGCACAUCGUCGACGUGCACGUCCGCUCGGGCGUCUACUCCUCUGACACCAUCUUUGACUACACACACGGGUAUAUUGCCACCAGGCUGUUUUCACGAAAUGCCUGCUUUAUCAUGAAAAUAAAGAAGGAACUGAUCCCAGACCUGGAAGAGAUUGGACGCCUGGCAUUUGAGAGAGAGACCAUGAGGGAUGUAUACUCUCCAAAUAAUGUGUGGGCCCAGUUCCAAGCUGGCAGCUCCAGGCUGGGGCACUUUAAAGACUGGAUUCUCUAUGGGAAAUACAUUGAAAAUCUCUGCACGGGGCUGCCUCUCUACGAGCUGGUGGCCACUGAACCACCAGCAAAUGAUGAUGGCUGUGCCAGUGCCGGCAUUCCAAGCAUUCUGGGCCUUAAAAUCUGUGAAGAACUCAUUGCAACUGAAUAUUGACAUUUCUGUUGCAAGGAAAUGCCUUUUUGAAUGUUUUAGUGAUGGUAACCACGUUCUCCAGCUGGAACAGAACUCUGGUGCUUGAUAUUAAAACUGGACUACAGGGAAAGACCAAAGAGAAAAUCUGCCCCUGGAGUGUGUGUCUGCAACCACUACAAAUUGCUGAGGUCCAACCCAGCAAGAUCCAUGUGCAAGAGGAAGAGGAAAAAUUCCUCACUGCAGCUUCAACCAAGGUGCCUGGUUUGAAACACUGAGUUUAUAAAUUAUCAGGGGUGAGCUGGGUCUUGCAGCAUUGCUUAUUUAAAAUAAAUGAAUGUCUUGGCUGGUGAGCCAGGCCAGAUUUCCAAGGAAUACACCCCAAUUCUUUAUUCUUUUCUGCUGGAGAGAGAUUCCCAUUGUCCACUAGAUGGCAAAGGGUGACAGCAGCCUCGGGAUCCAGGCUCUGAGAAGUGCUAAAAACACCAACUGCCAGCCAAGCACGGCUCAAAAAUAAAACAGAUUUAAUCCUGUCACCCUUUUCCUCAGGAAGUAAAAUCUGAGCUGGGAUACAAAGCAUAAGAAUUCAUUCUUUCGGGUUUCCAAUCCAGUGGGAUGUUUAUUUUCACUUGUAAUUAUGCCCCAUUUGGUGAUUAACGGAACUAUUUUUUGAUUUCUUAAUGAUUUUAAUUUUUCUCUCUUACAUAUUUAGAUGUAAUUUUUAAAAAUAUAAAUAUAAAAUACAAAUAUAUCUAUAAUUAAUCUAAUAAUAUAACUAAAUUAAUAUUAAUACUGUUAAUGAUAUAAUAAUUAACUAUAUUUUUAGUAUAUAUAGAUAUAUUUAUAUGUUUUUAUAUAUUCUGUUCUAUAAUGAGACACUGCCUUUGCAUGGCCCAUCCUCUGCUGGGUUUGUGUCUCUCACACCCCUGCCAGUCCUUUUCUCUGCCCUUUUUUGCAGCUCACCAGAGGCAGCUCCCCCUUUAUUUAAUUUUCUGAGGGUGUGUGCCAGGAGAGGAUGGUGAUUCAGACCUACUCAAGGUUGUUUUUUAUUGGGUAGAAAACCAAGUGUGGACUAAAGUCAAUCCUUUUGUAGCAGUGCUGAAGGAGCAGAAAACACCUUUUAAAAAUCAGUUUGUAUUUGCUGGGGUGAGGACUGAUGUGGGCUCCUCACAAACCAAGCCAUGGAUCCCUGAAAUUCCCAAUUCUGUAAAAUCUGAGGAGCUGCUGCCACUGCACCCUCAUUUGCUCUUUUGUGAGCUGUUUUUUAACAGGUGUCAAGAAAAAAAAGCCAUUUUGAUGUGGUGGUGAAAUUCAGAGAGGAAUCAGUGCUUCAGCUUGUUGUCCUGGAGAAAUGUAAGAUUUUGCAGGUGAGGAGCACUGAGCAGCAGCUCUGGCCAGGCCCCUGAGCAUGCACAGCCACUCUGAGCAUCCCAGCCAAAAUCUGCAGAAACCAAAACAGAACAUAUUUGUCAUCUUUGCUGCAAUUGAAGUCAAAAUUAGUGAGGUGUUUGGACCAGCUUCCCUUAACCAAAAGGAUGGGAAAGAAAAAAUUUGAUAUUCAGCUGCAUGGCAGUCAAAGCAGAGAGAGGCCUUAAUUUACCCAGUACAAUUCCAGUCCUUGAGUUACAAAAAAUACAAUAUAAUACACUUUCAUCUUUGAAUUUUUAAGCUAAACUUAAACAAGUAUUUUUAAUUAAUCAAUCUUCUCUACUGCUAUGUGCAAUUUGCUUUCUCUUUCUGAUUCCAACCCUAACAUUAAAUAAACAGAGCAAAUAUUAGACAUGCUUGUCUAAUUUUUCCUCAUGUUUUGCUGAUGUGAUUACAAGCUGUUGACUUAGUCAUUAAUAUCUCAUGCUGAGAUAUCAGCUAACACUGCCAGAAAAUAUUCCAUCUCUGCUUAGCACUCAAGUUGUCAGUUUAAUAAUUCCAUGUUAUUAAUCAAAAUUGUCAGCAAAAUAAUUUCUGCUGACCCAAGUCUGGUUUUUUUCCCCAUUGUUGAAGAUUUGGACUCCUCAGUUCUCAA